GAUUCGUCGCGGCAGCCGGCUGGGCCCGACGCUAGCGCACGCAACCGCGGACGAUAUAUUUUACGAUACAACUUGCGAUUUCUGAACGUCGCGAAACUCGUGAGUUUAGUGUUACCAUGUGGUUUGCGAACUUUGGCGAGAUGUUCGAGUACGCAUGAGUUUGAUGAGACUGUCGUGAAAAACAGCACAAAUGAAGAUGACUGUAAAUCGCAUUAGGGUGGUAGUGUUGGGGAGUCCGCGGUGCGGGAAAUCGGCGGUCGUCGUGCGUUAUCUAACCAAGCGGUACAUAGGUGAAUACAGCUCUACAGGAGAUUUCCUUUAUCAGCACCGAGUCGCGUUCGACGGCGCUGUAUCUGAAGUCGAGAUUAUGGACACUUCUAACUGUGCAAUCCGCGGUUGCCUAGCGGAGCACGUGCGAUGGGGCGACGCGUUCGCCGUGGUGUACUCGGUGUGCGAGCGGCGGUCGUUCGUGGCGGCCGCCGAGCUGCUGUCGCUGCUCGAGCGCACGCGCCUGCCCGGCUGCGCGGCCGUCACCCUCUUGGGGAAUAAGAGAGACCUCGAACACGCUAGGGAGGUCCAUGCAGAGGAGGGUCAGGAGUUGUCGCUGCGGUUCGGGUGCCAGUUCUACGAGGUGUCGGCGGCGGAGUCGUGCGCGGGCGCGGCGCUCGCCUUCCACGCGCUGCUGCGCGAGGCGCGCGCGCUGGCGCUGCUGCUGCCCUCGCCGCGCCGCAAGCUCGCCGCCUAUUCUGUUUCUAAAGUAAUUGGCACAAUAUUUGGUAAAAAUAGCAAAAGUGUGCGCAAGAAAAGGCCGUCGCUCAGCAUUUAAACUAGGAUUAAUGUUCCAGAAUAUAAAUAUUUAUUACUUAAGCCAUGGAGACUGCUUCGUUUGUAAAUAAAAUAAGAAUUCUAUUUAAUACUAUGUCUGUUAAUUUCGAAAUAUUUUUGAAGCUUAUAAAAUCCUAUUAACCUGGCCGGUGUGGUCGUAAUUAAUUCACUUUUACGAAUUAAUAAUACGAAUCAUAUAUAUAUUAUCAUAUAUAUAUAUAUAUAUUUUUAAAGGACCUUCAUAAAAAUUACAGUAUAUCGGCUCUGUCAGUCUACUUUUCAUGGCCUCAAAUUACAUUAUUGGUAGGAUGAAGCAAUAAUUUACAUUUUGAUGUUUUUAAAGAGGGGUGACAAUUUUGUGUUACGUAUAUCUUAAUAUCGAUCAUCGCCAGGUUAAUGAGUUUAAAAAAAAGAUAAAUGUUUCCUAGAUUUUAAGAUAAACAACGUUACAGAGUCUUAUAAUAUUUUCAAGAAUCGCAUACUUUCGACCUUUGAACAAUGUUCGCCAAGCUGGUUUGUAGCUGCACCACCGAAUCUGCACGUUCAGAGAUCCUAUCUUAUUCAGAAAGGGUUUAUAUUUGUUUAAUUCGAAUACCGGAUAAGUUUGUUGAGACACCCUUCAUUAAACGUGUAAGACAAGUACGUCAGCGUUAAACUCAAUCAUUAUGAUCUCGCAAGAAUUAUUCUGUGGAAUUACUAUAAUUUUACAUUCAUGAUUUACGCUGCCGUUUUCACAAAUAGCCACGUUUAUAAUGCAUCACUGUAACGGACUUUUUGGACAUCUAGUACAUACUUAUAUUACUUAUCCAAAAUACAGAUUUGGAAAUUUAAAGAGGUGUUUUACGUAUAUUAUUACUGAACUCUCCUCGAAUACUUGAUGCUGUAGGGAUAUAAUUUCGGCAGAUGGGCGACCUCAUUGUGUCGUAAACCUGCUUGAAAUCCAUCUACAUUUUGUUGAAAGAAAAUCGAUACCUACUAAAACUAACUCUACCUACGUAUAAAAGUGAAAUGAUAGAAUAUUAAGUACUUGUCAAAGUUGCAAGAAUGCCGGGCAAGUCAGUAAAUAGUUCCAUUAUACUGGCUUGAGAUGUGGCUUAAUGAUGAUUGGUUUAAAAAACUUGUCAAUCUAAGCUAGGCAAGUGUUCUUUUUGUCGUAACGAACUCAUCAUUACUUUGCUAACGAGCCUCUCAGUAGUUUCAAUGUAAUUCUAUUGUAGGAAGCAGGUGCAAGGACCUGACAUUCUACAGAUAUAUUCGUAUAAGUUAACUUUCAAGUGGCAUAGUUAAAAUAAAAUAAAACUUGGUUCCUCCACGCGGAAGAACUGAAACUUCGUAACAUAAGCUUAAAAACAUUCUGUCAAGUGACCGUCACGUUUUUGCGUUUAGUUACUUCCAUAUUUUUACUGUUUUAAAUAUUUUACAUUGCUAACUGCUCAAAUUAUUGAAAAAACAAACAUAAACUCAUAAAAUGUUCAAGAGUUUCACUUAAAAAUUUGCAUAUUCAUCAGUCUAGCAUUUUGUCAUAAUUCUAGUUGGCAAUACUGAUCGUCAGGGAGCGUAUACUUUUCGUGCCGAUGACAUCAAUUUGACGUCACGCUCCAUAUAGGGUGAUCACAAAUUGUUUUAUUGUAAAUUGUUAAUCAUUAGUCAUUAAUCAUUUUAAGUUAUGAAUUUCUUUGCAU